AUGUCUCAGCAACAGCAAUCCUUUCCUCCAGGCGCAGGUCCGAACGACACUCCUCAAGACCAAUACCCUUCAGGUCACGCGUACAGGAGGAGUCAGUCUAACUCUCCGUUCCGACACACCACACAUCCAUCUCCAUAUCCACAACCAAACAUUCCACCAAUUCAGGGUCAACCGGAGUUAAAGCAAGAAUCAUACUAUACCCCAACCUCUGCAGAGUUAUACACUCACGCUCAGGUCCUCGCAUCCGGAGCAGGAGAGGGGUCUGCUUCCGCCCAUUACACUUCCCAAACCGCUAUAACUCGUCUCCCCCCUAUUCUACAAGUAGAGAAGAAGCAGGUCACAACAUCCGCAACACAGGCUGCAAGUGCAAGCAGGCGGAGGAAUGAAGCUCAUUUCGCCUGUCCAGUCCCCGGUUGUGGGAGCACAUUUACGCGUCGAUUCAAUCUUAGAGGUCAUCUUCGAUCUCACACCGAGGAACGUCCAUAUGUGUGCGAGUACCCCGAUUGUAAGAAAGGUUUUGCAAGACAGCAUGACUGCAAGCGACAUCAAGCACUACACGCCACGCGCUCCCAAUCCAACAUUUGUCAGGGCUGCAAAAAGACCUUCAGUCGCCUGGAUGCCCUAAACGUAACUUCUCUAUAUCGUUACCAACCCACAUCAACUAACAUUCAUCCCUCUUUUGCUUCCAUCCAGCGACAUCUUCGUUCCGAGGGUGGUUCUGAAUGCAGACAGAUUGUAGAAGCUCAGCAGCAGGCUGCAGCACAUGCUCAAGCGAUCACACAAUCUCAGGGUCCUCCACUACCAGACCACCCUCCCGGCAAUCAACCAGGACCCAGCUCAAGCACUGCCAGUUAG